UUUAACCGAUCUUGGCAUUUUUUCUUCGCCUGAAGAUGAUGAAACUCCACAUAUUUUGGAUGUUCCCCAUCGCUUUUGGACUUGGGCUAAAGAGUAUUUGCGACAUAUCUCUUUGGAUUAUGUGAAUGAAUACAAAGAAAAAAUGCUCGAUCGCUUCUCUGAAGAAAAUAUUAUUGGAAAUUAUUGUUCGCAAAAUAUUGAAAAAAACGGUAUAAAAAUUUUAAAAUUUUUUGGGGAAUACAAUCGAAUCUUAUUUUUAGAUAUCCUUAAGAUUAGUAUCCCUUUUGAAUCCUUUAAAAUCAUUUGUGGGAGGGAGGGGGUUCAGGAGGGUGUGUUAGGCUAA